GUACAAGUCUUUUGUAAUAUUCUUUUAUUAUUAUGAUAUUUGUAAUAUUCUUUUAUUAUUAUGAUAUUGUUUUGUAAAUCAUAGUUUUUUUAUUACUACUAUAUAUUUAUUUAAACGUAAAAUAUAUUAACAGAUGAAUAUAUAUGACCUCGACAUAUUCCUUGAUGAAAAAUCUGAUUGAGUCCUAUAUAACAUGGUGCAAUUUUUCAAAGUUCAACUCAAAUAUUUUUAUAUAUUAUAUGUAUAAACGAUCAUUGACUAAUCUCCUUGAGUUUGAUAAGUCACAAGAAAUAAUAAUAGAUAUACAAACUCCAGAUGGAAUAUUCGAAAGAACAAGAGUAACACAAGAAAGGGUAGACACAUGCUUCCAUCGGAUCUUUUCUUUCUUGAUUCCCAAAUAUAUCUGAACAUUUGGGAAGAAGAAAGUAUGGAGUUUCAGGGAGCAAGAGAGAACAACAUGGAGGAGGAGGAAGAAGCAGCAGAGGAGAGAAUAUACGUUGCUGUAGGGAGCGAAACUGCCAAGAACAAGUCAAAUCUCACAUGGGCUAUAGAUAACUCUGAAGGAAGAAAGAUCUGUAUCGUUCUUGUUCACCAGCCUGCUCAAAUGAUUCCUGUUUUGGGUACCAAAUUUCAUGCUGCAACGGUAGAUGAAGAGUUAGUGAGAGCAUACAGAGAAAAAGAAAAGGCGAAAGCAGACAAGAUUCUUGAUGAGUACCUUAGAAUUUGCCUGCAGAAAAGGGUCCACGCAGAGAAGCUGUGCGUUGAGAUGGACUCGAUAGAGAAGGGAAUAGUGCAGAUGAUUUCUCAGAACAGAGUCAAGAAGUUUGUAAUGGGAGCAGCUGCAGACAAACACUAUUUAACGAAAAUGGUGGAUUUGAGAUCGAGGAAAGCCAUCUUUGUCUGCCAACAAGCAUCCGUGACUUGUCACAUUCGGUUUGUCUGCAAAGGACAUCUCAUCCAUACAAGGGAACCUAUAAUAAAUGAAGGAGAAGAAGAAGAGGAGAGAAUAUCAAGAACCAGUUCAUGUCGGUCUGCUAGUACAUCGUCAUACUAUGGAGGAUCUGAAGCUUCAUCAAGUAUAGAUGAAGCUUCAUCAAGUAUAGAUGAAGCUUCAUCAAGUAUAGAUGAAGUUUCAUCAAUUAUAACGGAAGAGACAAUAUCAAACCACUCACCUCCUCCCUCUUUACCUUGCAGCGGGAUGGGACUAGGCAUGAUAACCUUCCUGAUCAACUCCACCAAACUCUUGCAUAGGCUUGCCAUCCAAAACCAAAAGCAGCCUGAGUGACCCCACCCUUACCUGAAAAGGUGCAAAGAUCUUGAUCAUAUGUGUACAUACGACGUAUGUAGUAUUUGUACAACCCAUUCGCGUUAGAUGAAGCUGAAUAUCAUGUUGUGGGAGACUUGUGAUAGCAAUAUACAAUGUUAUAUACUGAUAAUCGAAUUUGCUUAGGUGAUGAAGUGGAUUUUAAACCCUUGGAGGAAGUUGGAGAAGCAGUUAAUGAAACAGGUCAAGUCUGAGUUUAUGUGGGUUAUGGACUUGGAGGAAGAUGAAUUUAUGGAGCUUAGAGUUAUGAACUUAUAGAGUUAUAGUUUGUAAUUUGUAUGCACGUAUGAAGUUAUGCUAUGUAUGAACUUAUGGAGUUAUGGUUUGUAUAAUUACACUUAUGGAGUUAUGCUAUGUAUGAACUUAUGGAAUUAUGGUUUGUAUGCACUUAUGGAGUAGACUAUUUCAAUCUUAUGAAGUUGUACUUGUAUUUAUAGGUUUAUAGAUUGAAAUUCAAAAUUUUCUUAAAUUGUCUUUAUUGGACUCAUGGCAGCCCAUGUAAAUAUGGGUUUUUGUGGGUCUGGUUCUUAAUGGACAUGGUCACUUUCUGUCCACAAACUAUAAAUUGGUAAAUGGAUAUGGGCUAAUGGACAUGAGCUCGCUCAUCUGACAGCUCUACUAAAAGACGUUUCUUCAUAUUUAUAACAUGCAGUUCACCUUUAUUUAUUUAUUUAAUUUACUAAGUGGCUGCUGCGCAACUUGAUGAAGGUCUCUAGCUAGAUAUAUAUGUUAGAAGUUGUUGACCAAACAAUGAAUAGCUUAAAAUAACAAGUGAUAGUUACCUAUCAAGCAUUUCCUUCAAAGCUGGUUCAAUUUCAUCGUCUAAAUAUAAAUAUCUUCAAACUCAGUUUUAGGUGAAAAAACUAUCAUCUUCCAUACUAAGUAAGUUAGAUAUCCCUCCCAAGUUGGAGGCAGUCUCAUCAACAAUUUGAGCAUUUCGUUGCUUGGAAUGCAAACUAUAUGGACUUGAGAAGAUAUAUAACACUCUCUAACAGUCAUACUCGCUGCCCUCACCAAAUAAUAGUUUAGUCAUGACAUAACUAGCAAGAUAACGAAACAUCCAAGUGCAGAGUAAAUGAUCAGACAACAAAGUCCAAUCCAGUUAAGCUUACAUCUUGUUUAAUGAUGUCCAUAUAACUUUCUGGUAUAAUUUCCUUGUCACUAUUUGUUUCCAACUGAAACACCUCAUGUAAACUUUAUUUGAAUGUCCAGACACUUGAUGAAAUCUGCAGUAAUAAGAAAACAAGCUGAACAUUGGCUAAUAAGUUUUCUCUCAAAGAAAAAACAUUGGUUAAUGAGUGAUUUUCACUUUAAGAAAAUGGGACGGUGACGCAAAGGAGGGGGUGGCGGGUAGGGGGUACAAUGCAAACAUGAAUAUCAACCAGAACAAUAGAAAAACCAUUUCUCUGAAUUAUAUAUACUGACUGAAGGGACAAAUGGCAUUAGGUGAAUGGACGCUUUAGAUAUGUACUGCAAUGUGUCACGUCGAGGAUGGACUGGACGGUUAUGAAUACUUGAAUUUAUAUUCUCCAAGAGAAAGUCCAAAACCAUUUUACACAUACUUUUUUCUCUAUGCACCAUGGGGCUUCAUGGACGGCCUUCUUUUAGUGGUCAGAGAUUUUAGGUAAUAUUUCAACAUUUUUGGUUUAGAGUUGGCUCUACUGUACUAUUGUGGAUUU